AUGUUCGGCGAUGAGGGAUACGGCGACCAGCCUGCUGCAUACGAUCCCGAGCAGAAUGGACCCAAGGGCAUGAAAAUGAAUAGAAUCGACGGACCCAUGACCAAAUCCAUCAGCCAACAAGGCGAUCUCAGCGAUGACAGCUCCGGCUUGACCGUCGGAAAGCAGAUGGAGAUGGAGGCCGGAAAUGCCAUCAAGUACAGAACUUGCAGUUGGCCAAAGACUGCAGCAUUGUUGUUCUCUGAGUACAUCUGCCUGGCUAUCAUGUCAUUCCCGUACUCGUAUGCUACUCUCGGCCUGGUACCCGGUCUGAUCUUGACCGUCGUCAUUGCCGGACUGGUCCUGUACACCUCUCUCGUUCUCUGGGAGUUCUGCUUGCGUCACCCUGAAGUAAAGGAUGUCUGCGACAUUGGACAGAUGCUGUUCUGGGGUCAAAGAUGGGCAUGGUGGGCCACUGCCUUCAUGUUCAUCCUGAACAACACUUUCAUCCAGGGCCUGCAUUGCUUGACCGGUGCCAAAUAUCUCAACACCAUGACCGGUCACGGUCUCUGCACAAUCGCUUUCAGUGCCAUUGUUGCUUCCGUUUCCUUCGUCGCGUCGCUUCCCCGUACUUUCAGCACUCUUGCUCUAUUGGGUACCGGAUCUGCAUUCUUCACCUUCAUCUCGGUCCUCCUGGCCACCAUCUUCUCUGGUAUCGAGCCCCAUCCUGCUGGAUAUCCCAAGUAUGGAGAGCCUCUCGUGCUUGCAAUUCCAGAGAAAGGUACCACUUUCGUUGCCGGAAUGUCCGCAUUCAUGAACAUCAGCUACACAUUUAUUGGACAGAUCACUCUGCCCUCUUUCAUUGCUGAAAUGAAGAACCCUCGAGAUUUCCCCAAAGCUCUCUGGGCUGUUACCAUCGCCGAAGUCAUUCUUUUCUCGCUCGUCGGUGCUAUCAUCUACGCCUACACAGGUACUCAAUACUACACCGCACCCGCCUUCGGAUCUCUGAGCAAUGAAGUAUACAAGAAAGUUAGUUUCUCGUUCAUGAUUCCAACCAUCAUUUUCUUGGGCGUGCUCUACGCCUCGGUAUCUGCUCGCUUUGUCUUCUUCAGAAUCUUUGCUGGAACCAGACACAUGGGCGAGCAUACUGUGGUUGGUUGGGUGAGUUGGGCUGCUAUUUUGCUCUGCACCUGGAUCUUGGCAUUUAUCAUUGCUGAAGUCAUUCCCUUCUUCAGUGAUCUGCUGUCACUCAUGAGUUCGCUCUUUGACAGCUUCUUCGGAUUCAUCUUCUGGGGUGUCGCAUACCUUCGUAUGCGCAGAGUAGAUUACGGACCGGACUUCUGGAAGAACAGAGGCUUCAGAGGAACUUUCGGGUUUAUUUUCAACCUGAUUCUCAUUUGCAUUGGCUUGUUGUUCCUCAGUGGAGGCACAUAUGCCUCUGUACAGAGCAUCAUUGACGGAUACAACUCAUCGGAGUAUGGCACAGCCUUCUCCUGCGCCAACAACGGUCUCUAG